AUGAACUUCUUGCAAGACGUCCGCAAGCGACUGCCCACAGCGCAAAAGCUGCCUUCAUACGAUGACUUGUCCAAAAGCGCAGAGAAGAUAACCCCGAGGUUAGCCUUCUUUCGCCGACGCAUACGCCUGAGAGAGAACUCACGCAUCUCAAUACCUCUGGGCCUGGUCUUGCUAUUUCCAUGCUUGAUCGUAAUAUUAAUACUUCUGCUUUUUGUCCGGCACCCUACAGAGGCUGGCAGAAUACUCAUGCCUGCAGGCGCACCGCCGUCCAUUAGGAAAAUCAGCGAGAAGCACGACAAGGUCUUCGUCACAGGCUGUCAAGACCCAGCCCUCGAGACCAAUCAACCCCGUGCCAACGCCGCUUUCGUCGUCCUCGCCCGUAACAAGGAGCUCGAAGGUGUGCUACAGUCGCUCAAGUCGAUGGAGAGACAUUUCAAUAGAUGGUUCCACUACCCAUACGUCUUUCUGAAUGACGGCGACUUCAACUCGACCUUCAAGGACGAGGUCCGCAAGCACGUCAGCUCGAAUGUCGAGUUUGGCAAGAUCGAUCCUAGCAUGUGGGGUUUCCCCGACUGGGUUGACCACAAUGUGGCCAAGGAGGGCAUCAGAAAACAGGGUGAUGCCGCUAUCAUGUAUGGUGGUAUGGAGAGUUACCACCAUAUGUGUAGAUUUUACUCAGGUUUCUUCUACAAGCACGAGCUCCUUCAGAAGUACGACUGGUACUGGCGCGUUGAGCCCGAGAUCAAGUACUUCUGUGAUAUUACUUACGAUCCUUUUGUUCACAUGGAGCGCAACAACAAGACCUACGGAUUCACCAUUGCCGUCAAGGAGCUCAAGGAGACAGUGCCCAACAUUUUCAGAUACGCAUCGGCUUACAAGCGAGUCAAGAACAUCACCUCGACCGGUCUCUGGGACAUGUUCCUCGAGCCAAAGCCGGAGAAGCCAGCGGAUGAGCUGCCAAAGGACGACCCGAAGUACAAGAAGCCUCUUCCUGAAGACAUCCUUCGUACAGAGCCUGGCGCCGGCACGAUUCCCGAUGUAGAUCCUGAGUCCAUGGAGGGCGAAACAUACAACAUGUGUCAUUUCUGGAGUAACUUUGAGAUUGCCAGACUCGACUGGUUCCGAAGCAAGGAGUACGAAGACUUCUUCCAGAUGAUGGACAGGAGUGGCGGCUUCUGGAUGGAAAGGUGGGGUGAUGCACCCAUCCAUUCGCUCGCGGCAGGCGUUCUUCUGGACACUCAUCAGGUCCACUACUUCCGUGAUAUCGGGUACCGACACACAACCAUCGCUCAUUGUCCAGCGAACGCAAAGGCUCGCCAGCAGCCACGUCCGCCGUACCUCGAGAUGACAACGACAGACGAGAAGAAAAGAAUCGAGGAAGAUGCAUACUGGGAGGAGUGGGACGAAGAGAAGGAAAAUGGUGUCGGCUGCAGAUGCAGAUGUGACCCUGAAGUGCCAGAAGUCGAGCUCAAAGAGGGCAGCUGUCUCCCAAACUGGGUAGAUGUUGCGGGAGGUUGGAUUACUCCUGGGCAGGCAUGA